CAGAAGCGGGCGAUGAAGCUACGGAGGAUCCCUAUGCCUACUACCAGGAGGGAGACGAAGACGAUGGUGCCCAGUAGGUCUUAGUACGGUCGUUGCCUGUGGCAAUGGCAUGCCGCUGCCUAAAUUCCACUGCCUUAUCUAAACUCUGCUUUUGGUUGUAUUCCAGACCGCUCGGUCUGAUGAUUUAAGACAAUGCCUGCGGGCUUAUGUUGUAAUAAUUCGUACUAGACUCUCGUAUAUGAGCAUUUGGUAUUCCAGCUAUGAAUUCGUGUGUACCAGACUACUUGAUCCAGGGAAAUGGUACGGUUUACACGAUUGAUUCCUGUUAUAAAAACGGGGGUCCACAGUCGUGGCGGACAGGUGCGCGGCGGCGGCGGGCAGCUGCUGGUGCGGCUACGGCGUCGGUGGCGCAGACUUGGCCAAGCUCUGCGGCGGCGGCGGCGUUGCAGAGCGGCUGCAGCAGCGGGUGGUGGUGGCGAGCGGCUCCAUCGCCAUUGUGAUUUGUGCAUUGCAUUUGAUCGAUUUGUUGCCGUUGAUUGGUUUCUUGUUGAUGUGUGUGCAGGUUUGAGGUGGAUCCAUGGCGACGGGUCGGUGGAGAACAGGAGCUGCAGACCGUGGCCUGCGGCGGCAGCGACGGCGCCGUGGGGCUCAGCUUCGAGACGCACCACGGCGGCGGCGUGGCACCUUCGCCGGAGUUCGCGGCGUGCGCGGCGAGCUCCUGCAGCGCGGAAAUCAUGGUGUUGCUGCUCUUGCAGCGCGGCGAGCUCCUGGUGCACCAUGACCGGCCGAGCCAUCACCACCGCCGUCGCUUCCCAACGCCGCAACCAGCCGAAGCCGCCGCCGCAGUUGAAGUUGGAUGGGGAUUUCAGGAGAUUCAGUGAUCGGUGCCUUUGUCUGCAGUUUGUUCACGAGAGAAAAAAAGAGCAAACAAUCAUGGGCACUGUUCAAUCCCUGAGCGAUUCAGACUUGACAGUUUCAGACUUUCAGAGUCUUUUUGGAUGCGUAAAUAUAAUUACCAGCACAAGCUUUCUUCGUUGCUACAUGAACGAGAACGGGCUGUGUUUCAUGCUGAAUUGCUGGAGAUUCAGACAUUGAACAUGUCACGUAACGUACGUCGGAAGCAACAAGGCAAAAGAACACGUACGUUUCAGAUUGCAUUGGAAAGCUCUUCUCUGCUGCCUCUAGUACGCAAUCAUGGAGUAGUUAACUGGAGGGGAACACUUUGUGCAACAAUACUAGCACAAAGCCAAUUCAGUAACCGCGUUUAUUAACAAACCCAAAUUAUGUAUGCAUGUUUAUUUAUUGAGUUGGCACCAAACUCCAAACAUAUCGACGAACUUUACAUGGAACAUGAUCAAUUAUAACUAAUUAAGAAGCGUAUCGCCGUUUUGAUUCUUGACA